AUGGUAGAAGAUGGUAGGUAUGAGCAAUAUCCAUGGGGGAAAAUAGCAUUUUCAAAAUUGAUAAAAGGAAUGCGUCAGGAGUUUUCAAAUGCCAAACAAAUGUAUCGUCUAGGCGGCAUACCAUACGCUCUGAAUGUUUGGAUAUAUGAAUGUGCAUCUCAAGUUCCCCCUGAAAUUGCUGUAAGAGUGGGUAAUAAAAUUCCCAGAAUUCUUAACUGGCGUGUUGUCGCCGUGAAGCCAAAAUUUGAGAUCUUCAUGUCUACCAUCUUCAGUGAGUAUUCAUGCUCCAACAUUGUCCAAUCUCAACAUGAAAUAGAAUCUAUUGCCAUUCAUGGCAGCCAACAGAAACCUGAAGCUUCAACAUCGGCUGCCAAGGUCAAUUUCAGAAAACCUCAUGAAGUCCCCAGAUUUGAGGACUUUUCAACAACACCACCCACAGAAUUAUUAAAGAGAUCCAGUCAUGUCGCUGAUACAUUUUCUCCACCUUCUUCCAAAAGAAUGAAGACUUCCCCUGCUAAAAAGCCAAUUCAAAUAGAAACAGCCAAUAUGCACAAGGAUUUCAUACCACCAAAUAAAUCAGAAAAGCCUAUUUCUCCUGACAAUGUACCAGGGGCGAAGUCAGCUAUUGACCGAAAGUUCAAGCGUUUGGAGAAUAAAAUUAAUUCAAAUCACAUUGAUCUUUUGAAAGCCAUCGACAGUAUGGCGAACCGAAUGACUGGCACAUCAUCUCAAGUUAAAACAGAUGAUUUUGAUCAAACAUUCCAUGUGGUUGAACAACAAGAAGCACCUAAUGGAUUGAAGGUGCACAAUUUUGCAAAUAAAUCUGACCCACCCCAAAAAAAUGACAAAUCUAAUUUCCAGGAAGAUAUUAAGGGACCUGAACCAUCCACCAUGAUAAAACAGGUGGACAAUAUAUCAGAACAAAACAUUUCAGCAGAUGUUCCAAAAUUAUUUGAUCAACAGAUUUAUUCUGAUACAUUAAAGGAACCGAAAACAUCAAUUUUUACACCACAAUUGAAGGAUGUAUCAGCACACCAAAUGGAACCACAAAAAGCAGAUACUGAUCAGCUUAUUGUUGAUUCUGAUACAUUACAGAACACUGAAAAGAAAGAUGGAAGAGUAGCCGAUGAUAAAACUGACAAAGUAGAAGAGCAAGUUGAGGAGAUUGAAAAAGAAAAAAUCAAACCAAGCACAUCAGAAUCCAAUACUUCAGCACCAUUUUCAACCGAAACUCUGGAUGUGAUAGAUGCUCUAAUAUACGGACUUCCAUUACCAGCCAUGCCAUUGACAGCUGUUAGUCAUGAGCAAGUUCAGGAUGAAUGUCUAUUACGCGAUAGCCAGCUACCAACCACUCUUCCAUCAAAAGCCAAUGUAUUAUCUGACGAUGCAAAGACACUAUUUCGAAGAAGCAGGAUUCCUUCGAAGAUCUUACAGUCGUCGUAUCUUUCAAACUUUGGGUCGAGUGAAAAGGGAAGGGAAAAUUUGUCAGCUGUUAUGCAUCAGACACACCCUUUUGAAGGUUUUGGUAUAUGCUAUCAUCCCCCAUCCGAGCUUUUCACAGACUACUCUCAAUGGAUAGAUAAAGGACUACUAAAAUCACAUGUCAACAAGUAA